AUGGUCAUCUGGCUCGAGUCCAAGAAGACCAAGCUCCAGUGGCAGUGCAAGAUCGAUGACAUUACAAAGCACAUGGAGACAACGUACGCGCUUCCAAAUGCGGUUGUCUUGGCAGCCAUCAAGAAUGGACUCACUGCCAGUGAUGGAGCCGCAUCAAAGAAGCCGAGCUUGGCGCUUGCGCUUGAGAUCAAAAUGUCGCCCGAGUGGACUGCAAGUUACCGCUUUGAGAUGUCGGCUAUCAAGGUCGAGGUCGUCGACAUCUUGGAAGCACGCAUCCGCGACCUUGAAGAAGCCAAAGCUGCACCGCGCAUGGAGUUUUGCACCUUGGCAACGACAUUACGCCAUGCCAACAACACAUCCACUAUGUUCUCGUGGAUGAAUUCGACAGCAUCGACGCUUCUUCGCGUUGACAAGACGACCAACAUCGUCGUGCUGCAGCCUGGCUUAUACCACGUUCACUGCGACCUUGCGCUAGCCAGCGUUCUGUCGGCCACAAUCACCCUCAACAUCAACGACCAUGCGGCCAAGACAGCGUCCUACAACGGACAUGACUCGUACAUUACGAGCAACCAACUUGACCUGGUCUAUGUGACGUACCUGGAUGCAGGCACACGCCUUACACUAUGCGUCAACAUGCGCCAAGGCAGCGCGACCGGGUCGACGACCUUCAUCCUGCUCGAUCGCUGA